GCAAGUUGCAGUUGUAAUCGAAAAUUACAAUUAACCUCUAAUAGCUUACAAAUGGAGGACAGUUCGUCUAGGCAAGCAAUCAAGAAAGGUGCAUGGACCAGAGAAGAAGACGAUCUUCUUAGGGAGUGCGUAGACAAGUAUGGCGAAGGAAAAUGGCAUCUUGUUCCUCCCAGAGCUGGAUUGAAUAGAUGUAGAAAAAGUUGUAGAUUGAGGUGGUUAAAUUAUUUAAAGCUUGGUGUCAAACGUGGAGAAUUUGCCGUGGAUGAAGUUGACCUACUUCUCAGACUUCAUAAGCUUUUAGGCAACAAAUGGUCAUUGAUUGCUGGAAGAAUUCCUGGAAGGACAGCGAAUGAUGUGAAAAAUUAUUGGAAUAGUCACUUGGCAAAGAAGGUAGUGAUGUCAUCUAAUAAUAAACUAAAACACGUUGAAAAGAAAGAAGGCGGCAAGUUUAUCCUUAAAUCCAAUGUCAUAAAACCUCGUCCUAGGACCCUCACAAAACAAUUAACCUUCAUGGAUAAAAAUAGGGAUAUUACUACUACAACUACUGCUAUUGCAAACGACAAUAAUAUUAUUACUAGUAUUAGUACUCCACCACCAAAUGUUGAUACACCUUUUUUAGAAGAGACUACGAACUGGUGGGAAAGCAUAUUGGACGACAUUAAUACUGACAAUCAAAAAUACUUUUUAUGAACACUAUAAGAUGGUCCAGAUGAGGACUUCUCGACUGAACAAGAAGUUUUUCACCAUCAUCAACCUUGUUCGGAGUCAAAA